CCCGCCGCCCGGCCGCGCCUCCGUGCGGCCCACAUGGCGCGGCGGCCCGAGCUGCUCUGCGGCGCCGCCAUCGUGCUGGGCUGCGCCUUCCUCGUCGCCCUCAAAGUCACCUGCAGCCGAGCAAAAGAUGUGACGAUGCCAGCGAAGCUUCCAGUGAAUUUCUUCUCCACAAGAUCUCCAGUUGUUGAUCUUUUCCGGGGACAGCUAGAUUAUGCAGAUCACCUGCGUCAGGAUUCAGAAAUUGUGCUGUAUUUUUUCUAUGCACCGUGGUGCGGCCAGUCCAUUGCAGCACGAGAAGAAAUAGAGCGUGUGGCCACCAGAUUGUCAGACCAGGUGCUAUUUGUGGCUGUUAAUUGCUGGUGGAACCAGGGGAAAUGUAGGAAGCAGAAGCAUUUCUUUUAUUUUCCUGUGAUACACCUAUACCAUCAGAGUUUUGGACCAAUUGAAUACAAAGGCCCUAUGAGUGCUGUUUAUAUUGAAAAGUUUGUUCGCCGGGUGAUGACACCACUACUCUACAUCUCGUCUCGAUCAAAAUUACUAGAUUUCCUCUCAAAUUAUGAGCCUGGAGUUCUGGGAUAUUUUGAGUUCAAUGCUUCACCUCAGCCCCCUGGUUACUUAACAUUCUUCACAUCUGCGUUACACUCAUUAAAGAAAGACUACCUUGGAACCAUCCGCUUUGGAGUGAUCACGGAUAAGCGUGUUGCCAAGGAGGUCUCCCUGGUGCAUUCGGGCAGCGUGUAUCUGCACAGGCACGCGAACGCCUCUCUGGUUUAUCCAAAGGAUAUCAUGAACUAUACGUCUGAGAACAUCUGCAAAUGGGCUCUAGAAAACCGAGAGAUGCUCAUCCGAUGGCUGAGACCUCAUGGUGGAAAAAGCCUUCUUUUAAACAAUGAGUUGAAGAAAGGACCAGCACUUCUCAUAUUUUUACCUUACAAUCCCUUAGCAGAAACUCAUCCUCUUUUAGAUGAAAUAACCAAAGUGGCCUUGCAGUACCACAGCUGUAAUAAGAGCCAGGCAGCUGAACGAGAUCUUCAACGCCCAGGAGAUGCUGAUGCACCAGCUUUUGGUUCUCCUGUGCAAGCUGCACAGACAGAAUUGUCGGAAACAUUUUCAAUAGCAAAGUACCCCUGUUGUAACACGGUGGUGCUUCCUCAGUGGCAUUCAAUAUCUAGAACUCACAAUGUCUGUGAGCUUUGUGUUAACCAGACACUUGGUGUCAAACCAAAUAAAGUCAAUGUGCCACRCUGCAACUUUUUAGAGAUAGAAGCAGCUUUGGACUCUUUCUACCUCCAGGAACGUACCUUUUUUCAAGUUAUAUCAAAUACCAUAGAAUGCAGCAAUUUCUUAAGUUUCUAUAGUCCGUUUAGCUAUUACACUGCAUGUUGCAGGACAGUAAAUAGGCAUUUUUUAAGUUUUAUUAGUUCUGAAAAGACCAUCUUUCAGACCCCUAAAGUACCAUUUUCUUCCCAUGGGAAGAAAGAUAAGAUUGACACCCCAAAUUCUAUUCCUCACAUUGAGGAUAGUAAUUAUUUUAUUGCUGACCUCCAUGAUAAUGGCACUAACAUUACUGGUCUGAGCUGCAGGACCAACAAAACCUUGAAUCUUUAUCUACUGGAUUCAAAUCUGUUUUGGAUAUAUGCAGAGAGAUUAGGAGCAUCAAGAUCUACUCAUCGUAAGGAAUUUGCUGCCAUUGUUGACCUGAAAGAAGAGGUGCACUAUGUCCUGGAUCAGAAUCAGUCGCUUACUGGAUCUACUUUGGAGAACUUCAUAAGGAAUUUCAGCAUUCUCUACAGYCCCUUGAAAAGGCAUCUUGUUGAUGACUCUUCAGUCCCUUUCCGUGCACAACGUGUGAUCACUGAAGUGACUACUAACACCUUCCAUGAUACUGUGUUCUCGAAUCAAAAGAGUGUUUUGCUGCUCUAUUAUGCACAGUGGUGUGGAUUCUGUGCUGCUCUUAACCACAUUUUCAUUCAGCUUGCUCGGCUUUUGCCUCCAGAUAAUUUCACUGUGGCAAGAAUUGAUACCAGUCGAAAUGACCUUCCAUGGGAAUUUAUGACAGAUCGCCUCCCAACCAUUUUAUUUUUCCCUCAUCAGAGGAAGGAGCAGAGUGUGAAGUUCCCUGAAGACUUUCCAGUUACCCUUCCCAAUCUUCUGAGGUUUAUUUUACAUCACUCAAGUCCCUCUUCAUCAGAGCUCUGUACCAGAGACUGCCUGCGUAAAGAGGCAGCGUUGCAGCAAGGCCACAUCUCCCACUUGGAGAGGGAAAUUCAGAAGUUAAGAUCAGAAAUCAGUGCUCUACACCAGGCCCAUGACAGGCUUGAAGAACAACUUUCCAAAGCCAGAAGAGAGGAACAGCGACUGCAGCAACAAAAACACACCYUGGAAAAGCAGCACAAGACCCUGCAGCUCCACAGUCAGCAGCUACAAUCGACGUACGAGCAGAAGAAUCAAGAAUUAUUGGCGAUGGCUGAAAAGCUUCAAGAAUUGGCUGAUGCAUCUGAAAACCUCCUCAAGGAGAAUACUUUGCUGAGAAUCCUCAUAGCAUCAAAAGAAGGAAAACUACAGCUCAAAGAUGAAAAUAUAAACCCUGUUCAGUCAGAGCAGCCACUUUCUGAUGACAAUGAUGUAUCAGUUCCAACAGCUGCCACCCCGUUACGGGAAAAAAGAACUGAAAAUAUUGAUCCCAGAGAGACAGAGCACAGUAAUGAAAGCAGGACAGGAUGAUUGCUUACAAAGCCAAAUUACACAAUGUUGGGAAGGUAUUUAUGCAAAUUUUAUUGAAAUUCAUUGUAAAUAAAGACUUUUCUCUCAAAUGACUUAGAAAAAAAAUCAAAAGGAAAUAUUUUUAUAUAACUUGAACAACUUACUAGAUACCCCCACAAAAUAGAGAAGGAAUAUGGAAAACACUUUCUGCACUUUACUAUUGCACUAACUUGCAAAUACCUGUCCAUUUAACCUAAAGAUGAUUUUUUUUUCCUUGUUUAAAGAAAGGGCAGCACCAGGAAGCACYUCUGAUUAAGGACCCGUCCUUUAACAUGGGCUUCCUCCAACAGCUGCUGGA